AUGUCACAGCUGGUCAUCUUUAUUGGCCAACGGUCCAAUUCCGCACUAUGCGGCCCGGAGCCAGUCAAGACGUCCACGUCAAUGGGUGACUCACGCAUGGAUGGGCGACUAAAGUACAGUAACGGUCCAAACACUGGGCUUCCGCCUAUUGGUCCGCCAUAG